AGAAAGAAAAAACUCUACAUUCUUCACAAAAGUUAAAUAAUUAGUCACAUAUUUGUUUAUUGCUUCAUUCGACGUAAUAUAGACGGUGUAACAAUGCAAAGCGAUCAGCAGCAGUUUUUCAGUAACCCAUCCUACCCACAGCAACCAGGCUAUGGUGUCGGGUUUGCACCGCAGCCAGGCAUGCAACCCGGCAUGCAGCCGGGAAUGCAGGCCGGAUUUCAUCCGAGUGCAUUCGCGCCUUCAGCCGGAUCACCGGAAGGCUACGUACCAUACGAUGCCGAAUCAGCAUCGGUGAAAGGGUUCGAUUUCAAUGAUCAAUCUAUCCGCCGCGGUUUCAUUAAGAAGGUGUACUCCAUUUUAACCCUGCAACUAUCGAUCACAUUUGUGUUUGUGGCGUUUGUAACGCACCAUGCACCAACGAAACUAUGGGUACGACAACAUCCAGGCAUGUUCUGGGUGGCCUUUUUUGUAAUGUUCGGAACGCUGAUCGCUAUCUCGUGCUGUGGAGAGCUGCGCCGAAAGGCACCGGCCAACUUCAUGUUCCUGGGAUUGUUUACAUUUGCGGAAUCAUUCCUGGUAUCGAUGGUGGCCGCUAGCUACAGUGCGGAUGAGGUCAUGUUGGCAUUCGGUAUAACGGCCGCCGUCUGUCUCGGGCUAACGCUGUUUGCUUUCCAAACUAAAUGGGAUUUCACGAUGAUGGGCGGAAUUUUGUUCACGGCCAUGAUCAUCCUGUUCCUGUUCGGUUUGAUUGCCAUUUUCAUCCCGGGCAAGACGGUUCAGCUGAUUUACUCCUCGUUCGGUGCACUGCUCUUCUCCAUGUAUCUGAUUUACGAUACGCAAGUAAUGAUGGGUGGAAAGCACAAGUUCUCGAUCAGCCCGGAAGAGUACGUGUUUGCAGCGCUUGCCCUGUAUCUGGAUGUAAUUAACAUAUUCCUCCACAUCCUAUCGAUUAUUGGCGCAUCGCGGAAUUGAAGCGUGCAUCUACUUUU